AUGUCCCAAGAUAGAAUUUUGUUAGAUUUGGAUGCAGUCAACCAAAGGUUGGCUCUCUUCAACUCUACGUUCCCUUCUGAUGCUAUUGAACCAUUCAAAUUCAGCACAAAGAAAUCAACAUCCGAAAAUUUAAACAAAUUAGCAGAAACUAUACUACAUAGCCAUUCCAUCGCAGGUCAUGUUUUCCUUUACAAACACGUUUUCUUGGAAAUAGUAGCACGUUUGACAACAUGCUCUGGUAAAAAUGAUUACGUUCUUUUAAUUGAACAAUUAGCAAAUAUCAUAACAAUAUUUCCAUUUUCAAUGCCAUUAAUUGAAGACUAUUUGGAUAGAGAGAAUGAUCACUUCACUACUGUUCUUCAAAAUCCAUCUUCACAGAAAAAUUCCGAUCUGUUCAAAAUUUUGUUAGCAUAUUAUAGAUUAUUAUAUCACAAUAAAGAAGUAUUUGCACGCUUUAUUCAACCCGGCAUUCUAUAUCAACUUGUGGAUUUACCAGCCGAAGGCCAGGAAAACAAACUGAUUACGUUUUUAGCAUUAAAAGUUUUAUCUUUGUACCUGGAUAUGGGGGAAAAAGCCAUAAAUGAUAUGACAGAUACCUAUAUCAAAUCACACGAUACUCUAUUAGGCUGUUUAGAGGGCGACUCUAAAGUGGACUACAAUUUUCUCGAUUUGAAUGAAGCUAAAAGAUUUGCAAAUUUUUCCAAACUACCCUGUGUUCCAGAAUGUUUUACUGUUAACAAAAACCAUCACUACUUUAUUAUUGACCCACAGGAUUUAAGUACUAAAGUAACAUCCAUCUGCGGUGUUAUGGUCCCUAAAAUCCACACUAUCCAUGAUAAAGUCUCCUACCCAUUGACAUUUGUUUCUACUGGAAAGACAGUUUCUUCUCUUCGUCAACUUGGACGAAAAAUUCAAAAUUCGACACCAAUAAUGCUCGUUGGAAAAGCAGGCUCUGGUAAGACCUUUUUAAUCAACGAGCUAAGUAAAUAUAUGGGCUGUCACGACUCAAUUGUCAAAAUUCAUUUAGGUGAACAAACCGAUGCCAAGUUGCUAAUUGGUACCUACACUUCCGGUGAUAAACCCGGUACUUUCGAAUGGAGAGCUGGUGUUCUAUCCACUGCAGUCAAGGAAGGUAGAUGGGUUCUUAUAGAAGAUAUCGAUAAAGCCCCUACGGAUGUAUUAUCAAUACUUUUGUCGCUGUUGGAAAAGCGUGAGCUCACCAUUCCAUCCAGAGGGGAGACUGUAAAAGCUGCAAAUGGGUUUCAACUAAUAUCAACUGUUAGAAUGAAUGAAGAUCACUCCAAGGAAAACCCUAAGAGGAGUUAUAGCUUAAACAUGAUUGGUAUGAGGAUUUGGAACGUCGUCGAAAUAGAUGAACCCAGCGAAGAAGACUUGGUACAAAUUUUAGCUCAAAAAUUCCCAAUCUUGGCAAACCUCAUCCCAAAAUUAAUUAAUUCUUACAAAAGUGUCAAAAGUAUUUACUCAAACGCCAAAUUUAUUUCUUUGAACAGAGGUGCACAUGCAAGAGUUGUGUCCGUGAGAGAUUUAAUCAAGCUAUGCCAGAGGUUAGAUGCUCUAUUCAAAAACAACGGAAUCAACAAACCAGAUCAAUUAAUCGAGUCUUCUAUCUAUGAUAGUAUUUUCUCCGAGGCCGCCGACUGCUUCGCUGGUGCCCUUGGGGAAUUCAAAGCCCUCGAACCUAUUAUUCAAACGAUCGGUGAAUCACUAGACAUUGCUUCCUCAAGAAUCUCCUUAUUUCUGUCACAACAUGUGCCUAUUUUGGAAAAUUUUGACGACGAAAUUAAAAUAGGAAGGGCACUGUUACCUAAGGAGAAGUUAAACAUACAAAAGAAAUCAAUGAACAGUACGUCAUUUGCAUUUACCAACCAUUCUUUGAGACUAAUGGAGCAGAUUUCCGUUUGUAUACAGAUGACCGAGCCUGUUUUACUGGUUGGUGAGACAGGUACCGGUAAAACUACAGUUGUUCAACAACUCGCUAAGAUGUUAGCAAAGACAUUAACGGUUAUCAAUGUUUCACAGCAAACCGAAACAGGCGAUCUUCUGGGUGGUUAUAAGCCUGUAAAUUCAAAAACAGUUGCAGUUCCUAUACAAGAAAACUUUGAGUCUCUUUUCAACGCUACAUUUUCCUUGAAAAAAAAUGAAAAAUUUCAUAAAAUGCUCCAUAGGUGCUUCAACAAGAAUCAAUGGAAGAACGUUGUCAGACUUUGGAAUGAAGCUUACAAGAUGGCCAAAAGCAUAUUAAAAACUACAGACUCUGUUCAUGAUGACGAAAAUACAAAAAAGAAGAAAAGAAGACUCAACGGUCAUGAAAAAAAAUUACUACUCGAUAAAUGGAGAGACUUUGAUGACUCGGUGAAAAAGUUUGAGGCUCAGUCUAGCUCUAUUGAGAACUCAUUCGUUUUUGAUUUUGUCGAAGGUUCGUUGGUGAAGGCUAUCAGAAAUGGAGAGUGGCUACUACUUGAUGAGGUGAAUUUAGCAACUGCAGACACCUUAGAAAGCAUUUCCGAUCUUCUUACUGAACCUGAUUCUCGUAGUAUUCUUCUUUCAGAAAAGGGUGAUGCCGAACCUAUAAAGGCUCAUUCUGACUUUAGAAUAUUUGCCUGUAUGAAUCCUGCUACUGACGUUGGUAAAAGAGACUUACCUAUGGGUAUCAGAUCAAGGUUUACUGAAAUAUAUGUCCAUUCUCCAGAGCGCGAUAUCGCUGAUUUGCUCUCCAUAAUUGACAAAUAUAUUGGAAAAUAUAGCUUCAGUGACGAGUGGGUAGGAAAUGAUAUUGCUGAACUUUAUCUAGAAGCAAAAAAACUCGCCGAUAACAACAGAAUUGUCGAUGGUUCGAAUCAAAAACCACACUUUAGUAUUCGUACCCUAACACGAACAUUGCUGUAUGUUACUGAUAUCAUUCAUAUCUACGGUUUACGCCGUUCUCUUUACGAUGGAUUCUGCAUGAGUUUCCUGACUUUACUCGAUCAAAAUUCCGAAACUACUCUGAAGCCAGUAAUAGAAAAUUUCACGUUGGGAAGGCUAAAAAAUGUCAAAUCCGUUAUGUCCCAAACGCCUCCUUCCCCAGGGCCAGAGUAUGUUCAAUUCAAACAUUAUUGGAUGAAAAAAGGCCCUAAUGAAAUUCAAGAACAAGCUCACUAUAUUAUUACACCUUUUGUCGAAAAGAACAUGAUGAAUUUGGUCAGGGCUACAUCAGGUAAAAGAUUUCCUGUACUAAUCCAAGGUCCGACCUCAUCGGGUAAAACUAGUAUGAUCAAAUAUCUUGCUGAUAUAACAGGUCACAAGUUUGUCCGUAUAAACAACCACGAACACACUGACUUACAAGAAUAUUUAGGUACCUACGUUACCGAUGAUACUGGCAAGCUAUCAUUUAAGGAGGGUGUUUUGGUCGAGGCACUACGAAAAGGUUAUUGGAUUGUUUUGGAUGAAUUAAAUCUUGCCCCAACAGACGUUUUAGAGGCCUUGAAUAGAUUACUUGAUGACAACAGAGAGCUCUUAAUUCCAGAAACACAAGAGAUUGUCCAUCCUCAUCCUAAUUUUCUUCUUUUUGCCACUCAAAACCCACCAGGAAUAUACGGUGGCCGUAAGAUUCUCUCAAGAGCCUUCAGGAACCGUUUCUUGGAGUUACACUUCGACGAUAUUCCACAAGACGAAUUAGAAGUUAUUUUGCGUGAGCGUUGCCAAAUUGCGCCAUCGUACGCGAAAAAGAUUGUCGAGGUAUAUCGCCAAUUGUCCAUCGAACGGUCAGCUUCAAGAUUGUUUGAACAGAAGAAUAGUUUUGCUACACUUCGUGAUCUUUUCCGCUGGGCUCUGAGAGAUGCAGUUGGCUAUGAACAGCUCGCUGCGAACGGUUAUAUGCUCCUAGCGGAAAGGUGCAGAACUCCACAGGAAAAAGUCACUGUUAAAAGAACCUUAGAGAAGGUAAUGAAAGUCAAGUUAGAUAUGGAUCAGUACUAUCAAAGCCUAGAAAACGAAUCUCUGGAAUCGAUAAAUUCUGUAACUUGGACGAAGGGGAUGCGUCGACUAUCCGUUUUGGUUUCUAGCUGUUUGAAAAACAAGGAGCCAGUUUUACUGGUAGGUGAAACAGGAUGUGGUAAAACGACAAUUUGCCAAUUGUUGGCACAGUUCAUGAGUCGGGAGUUAAUUACACUUAAUGCCCAUCAAAAUACAGAAACUGGGGAUAUCUUAGGUGCCCAAAGGCCUGUCCGUAAUAGAUCCGAAAUUCAACACAAGUUGAUACGCUGUCUGAAAAAUGUUUUGAACAUUGCUGACAACGAAGAAAUAGAUUUACACGAGUUAUUGCAGCUUUACUCUAAGUUGGAUAAUAAGGACAUAUCCGAAGAGGUUCACCUAGGAAUUAAAAAGCUAAAGGACAGCUUGAAUAUCUUAUUUGAAUGGAGUGAUGGUCCUCUGAUCCAAGCUAUGAAAACUGGAAACUUCUUUUUACUCGAUGAAAUAUCGUUAGCGGAUGAUUCUGUUCUUGAAAGGCUAAAUAGUGUUCUGGAACCGGAAAGAAGCUUAUUGUUAGCAGAACAGGGUUCCUCUGAUAGCCUUGUGACUGCUUCGGAAAACUUUCAGUUUUUUGCAACUAUGAAUCCUGGUGGUGAUUACGGUAAAAAAGAAUUGUCUCCAGCAUUAAGAAAUAGAUUUACCGAAAUAUGGGUGCCAUCCAUGGAAGACUUCAAUGAUGUAGACAUGAUUGUAUCCUCCAGGCUUUCAGAAGGCUUGAGAGAUCUUGCUGAUCCAGUCGUAAAAUUUUCUGAAUGGUUUGGUAAGAAGUUAGGAGCGGGAAACGCCACUAGCGGUGUCAUUUCUUUACGUGAUAUACUUGCAUGGGUUGAAUUCAUUAAUAAAGUUUUCCCUGAAAUUCAGGACAAGUCAAGUGUACUGAUCCAAGGUGCCUCAAUGGUUUUCAUUGAUGCCCUGGGUACAAAUAACACAGCUUACUUGGCUGAAAAUGAAAAUGAUUUGAAAUCACUAAGAUCAGAAUGCACUGUACAACUAUUGAAGUUAUGCGGUAAUCAUUUGGAGGUGCGUCACGUAGAAGCUAACAACAUAUCCAUUACUCCGGACGAUUUGCAAGUGGGAAUGUUCAAGAUCCCAAGGCUACCAGGUGGCCAAUCUUCAUCCUUUAACUUAACUGCUCCAACUACUGCCUCUAACUUGGUAAAAGUUGUUAGGGCUAUGCAAGUUCACAAACCAAUUCUACUUGAAGGUAGCCCAGGUGUCGGAAAAACGAGUUUAAUCACUGCCCUUGCCGAUAUUACCGGAAAUAAGCUUACAAGAAUCAAUUUAUCUGAGCAAACGGAUUUGGUCGAUCUCUUCGGUGCAGAUGCACCUGGUGAGAAGAGUGGCGAGUUUUUAUGGCACGAUGCUCCAUUUUUGAGGGCGAUGAAGAAGGGUGAGUGGGUUCUAUUGGAUGAAAUGAAUUUGGCCUCCCAAUCUGUGCUGGAAGGUCUGAAUGCCUGUUUAGAUCAUCGUGGUGAGGCGUAUAUUCCUGAAUUAGACAUUUCGUUUUCUUGCCACCCCAAUUUCCUUGUUUUUGCUGCUCAGAAUCCCCAAUAUCAGGGUGGCGGUAGAAAGGGUCUCCCUAAGUCCUUUGUGAAUCGUUUUAGUGUCGUGCUUAUUGACAUGCUGACAUCUGAUGAUCUUCUUUUGAUUGCUAAACAUUUAUAUCCAAGUAUUGAAGCCGAUGUUAUGACUAAAAUGAUCAAAUUGAUGUCCACUUUGGAAGAGCAAGUAUGUAAGAAAAGACUUUGGGGUAGUUCUGGUUCGCCAUGGGAGUUUAAUCUGAGAGAUACUUUGCGUUGGUUAAAGUUACUAGACCAGUAUUCAAUAUGCGAGGAUAUUGAUGUAUUUGAUUUUGUCAACAUCAUUGUCAAGCAGAGAUUCCGUACUAGCAGUGACAAGGACAAAGUACAAGCUCUUAUAGAGGAUAUUUUCGGCGAUUUCUCAAGUAAACAAAACUUCUUCAAACUCACUGAUGAAUACGUUCAAAUCAAUAACGAGGUAUCUUUGAGAAAUCCACACUAUCGCUAUCCAAUUACUCAAAACCUUUUCCCAUUGGAGUGCAACAUUGCGGUUUAUGAAUCUGUUUUAAAAACAAUCAACAAUAACUGGCCAUUAGUGCUUGUAGGUCCCUCAAGCUCCGGUAAAACUGAAACUAUAAGAUUUUUAGCAUCAAUUUUAGGUCCCAAAGUAGAUGUAUUCUCUAUGAACAGUGAUAUUGAUAGUAUGGAUAUCCUUGGUGGAUACGAACAAGUUGAUCUGACUAGAAAAAUAUCAUACAUUACUGAGGAUUUAGUAAAUGUUGUAAGAGAAAUCCUUUCAGUGAAUAUGAAGCUGCCGCCAAAUACUGCCGCAAUCAUGGAAGGUCUCAAUUUAUUGAGAUACUUGCUCAAUGAUAUUGUUACACCCGAGAAAUUCCAAGGCUUCAGAAAUCGUUUUUACAAGUUUUUUUCACACUUAGAAGGGCACUGCUCAUUAAAAGAAAUUAGCAAGAAUAUUGACGAAAUGUCGGAAAUUGUCAUUAAGGAGGUCUCGGUUAAGUUUGAAUGGUUUGAUGGUAUGUUAGUCAAGGCAGUAGAAAAAGGCCAUUGGUUGAUUCUAGAUAAUGCAAAUCUUUGUUCUCCUUCUGUCCUUGACAGAUUAAAUUCCUUAUUGGAAACCGACGGAUCGCUGCUUAUCAAUGAAUGUAGUCAAGAGGACGGCCAGCCCAGAGUUCUCAAACCUCACCCUAAUUUUAGGCUGUUUUUAACAAUUGAUCCAAAAUAUGGCGAGUUAUCCCGUGCUAUGAGGAAUAGAGGUGUCGAAAUAUAUAUGGACGAAUUACACAACCGUUCUACUACCUUUGAUCGUCUCACGUUGGGCUUUGAACCUAAAGAGGUACAUAUCAAGUCUGUUUCUAUUGAUGAUGGUAUCAAAAAAAUGAAAUUAAGCGAACUAAAGGUACCAAUGGCACUAAAGUAUUUCGUUCCAUCCUAUUUGAGUAGACCAAGCACUUUUGCCCAGAUACACGAUGUUUUAUUGUUAUCAGAUGACGUACCACUUGAAGAAGCUCUCGCUGCUGUUAUUCCCGUAUCCCGUUUGGGAGAGGUUGGACAAUGGUCUAAUAAUGUUUUGAACUGUACGGAGUACUCAGAAAAAAAGAUUGCAGAGAAGCUCUAUACUUUUAUAACCUUUUUGGCCGACAUGGGUAUCUUAGAGAAGAUUAACAACUUGUAUACCCCUGCAAAUCUAAGGCUGCAAGAAGCUUUGGGAUUACAAGAUAAGCAACUAACUGAAGAAACCAUAUCGCUUACUUUGAACGAAUAUGUGCUUCCCACAAUCAGCAAGCAGUCAGAUAAAAUUAAGUCUCCCGAAUCGCUAUAUUUAUUAUCGACUUUACGUCUGUUGCUCAACUCUUUAAGCGCUCUGAAAUCAGUUAAUGUGAAAUCAACUCACGGUAAAAUCGACGAGCUAACCUAUAUCGAAUUAUCUGCGGCGGUAUUUAACGGUCGCCAUGUAAAGAAUACACCACGGAUUCCAAUUUUCUCAAUUCUCUACAAUUUGUCCUCAGUAAUAUCUGAAAAUCUUAAAAGAGAAGGUUUAUUUUGCGGCUCUAAUAAAUUUCAGCGCUAUUGGGAUUUGCUAGUAAUUAUAAUUGCAGCAUUAGAAACUGCCGCUUCUAAAGAUGAAGCACGUCUGAGAGUAUACAAAGAGUUAAUAGACAACUGGAUUACAUCCGCAAAGACUGCAGGAAUUGAAAUAGCUCCUUUCAAUGACAUCAACUUAAAGUUUACCGAUGUUUUACAUUUAUCCAGGGGUCACUCCAUAACGUUACUCUGGGAUAUAUUCAGGAAGAAGUAUCCGACAACCUCCAGCAGUUGGCUAGCGUUUGAAAAACUUGUUGAUUUAUCCAAGAAAUUCGACGCUGUUCGCCUACUACAAUUUUCUGAAUCGUACAAUUCUAUUCAGGAUCUCAUGGAUAUUUUUCGGCUAUUAGUUGAGGAUGUGUUAAAUAAUAAUUUGAAAGAUUUUGAAUUCCUAGUAUCAAAGCUGGAACAUGGUAUACACGAAUUAGAACUCAUUUCCAAUAAAUUCUUAAACAAAAGAAAGCAUUAUUUUGUCAAAGAAUUUGACUGCUUAAUUAGGUAUGCCUUCUCGCUUGACACAAUUGAACUGAUAAAGGAGCUUGCACCUGCUUCCUCUUUAGCCACUCAAAAGCUCACAAAGCUUGCCAUUAACAGAUACAACUAUCCACCAGUUUUCGAUAUUCUUUGGGCAGAAACAGAUGCUAAGUUCACUUCUUUUACUUCUUUUAUGUUCUCUUCUCAGUUUCUCGAGGACGUUGUCCGUAAAUCUAAUAAUUUGAAGUCAUUUUCCGGGAACCAAAUUAGGCAAUCUAUUAGCGAUGCCGAGCUAUUACUGUCUUCGACAAUCAAAUGUUCACCUAGCUUACUGAGAAACCAAAUUGACUUUUAUAGGGAUAUGUUAUCGACGUGGACUAGAAAAAUCAUUGAUAUUCACGGUUGCAAAGGCUGCUCAGAUUUGAACUUGAUGGAGAUACGCUCUCUUAUCGAAGAGAAAACAACUUCUGAGACAUACAUGACUUUUACAGAAUACAUUCUCCCUGCUCUAGAGCUGACUAAAACCUCAAAAUCACUAGAUGCAUUAGGGGAGGCUUGGAUCUUGUUCGGAACUGGGCUACUUCUGCUAUACGUUCCGGAUUCCCCCUAUGAUCCAGCCAUACAUGACUACGUUUUAUAUGACUUAUUUUUCAAGACUAAAGCUUUUUCUCAAGAGUUAAUCAACAAUUGGAUAAAUGUUCGUAAAGUAAUCAGUGGUGAUGAAGAGAUUUUCACGGAAAAACUGAUCAAUGUUGUAAGUGAUAACGAUGCACCUCAAUCUCCUAGAGUCUAUCGUGCGAACAUAUCUAUUGACUGUUUAUUUGAUGAAUGGAUGGCAUUUUUGACGUCAACCAUGAGUUCUCCGCAGAUAAAGGAAUUGGUCGGCGCUUACAAAUGCAACUCUAAUCAAUUCAAUCGCCGUUUAGAGAUGCUCCAACGAAAUAGCGGCCAUUUCUUGAAUCGCCUCGACAGCGGGUACCCAAAAUUUGCUGAUUUGAACGAUAUCCUAGCUGGGUAUAUUCACAGUAUCAACUUUGGUUUUGAUUUGUUAAAGCUCCAAAAGUCUAAAGAUGAAGCGUUUUUCCAAAUCUCUCCAUUGUGGAGUAUGGAUCCUAUCUAUAUCUCUAGCACGGAGAAUGUUGUGUUCGCUUAUCAUGAACUGUCAAAAUUCUUUAAGAAGAGUACUGUGGAAAAUAGUUCGGUAGAAAAGAUUUUGAUUUACUUUUUGAUGCUGUUCAAGUUUCAUAGGAAUGACAUACUAUUGUUGGACGUUUUCAAAGCUGCUUUGUAUACUUUAUAUUCAAGAUGGUCAUUGAGGCGUCUCAGACAAGAACAAGAGGAGAAUGAAAAGGCAGGAAUGUUCAAAUUCAACGAUAAUUCCGAUGAUUAUGAGGCUGAUUUCAAGAACCUAUUCCCAGAUUAUGAGGAAACGGUAUUAAUAACCGAUGAAAAAAGUUCUCCUAGCUCUGAAAAUUUGGAUGAGAUCUACUUUCAACUUGCAGAUAAAUACAUCUCAGUCUUUGAUAAAUCCUGUGGCGCUAACUUUUCUUCUGAAUUGAACAGAGGUGCAAUAAUAACAACCAUUCUAAGUGAAGAGUUAGAAAACACCAAGAUAGAGGGCUUAAGAAGUGGAACCUUAUCUGCUGUAAUUAACAGACUUGAUGAAGAAACUCAGUCAUUCAAAAAUGCAAAGGAUUUCGGAAGUAUUGAUUUUUAUCACGAUUUCUCUAUUGCUGAAUUUCAAAAGGCAAGUGACAUCAUUGAAAGCAUGCUCAAAUCCGUUCUUAAAUUAUUAGCGCAAUGGCCAGAGCAUGCAACCCUGAAUGAAUUAUAUCGAGUUUCUCAAGAAUUCUUAAACUAUCCUAUUCAAACACCUUUAGCAAGGCAGCUUCAAAAGAUCGAACAAAUAUAUACAUUCUUGGCUGAAUGGGAGAAAUACGCAUCCUCUGAAGUUUCUUUGAAUGGCACUAUAAAACUGAUCACAAAUUUAAUAGUUUCAUGGAGAAAAUUGGAACUACGUACUUGGAAAGGUCUUUUUAACUCAGAAGACGAAAAAAUUAGAAAAUCCAUUGGUAAGUGGUGGUUUUAUUUAUAUGAAUCAAUUAUUGUAUCGAACUUUGGCAAUGAAAAGGAAGAAAUUGCCGAUAACAAUACUCUUUUGGUAAGCUCACUAAAUCUGUUUUUUAGUAAGAGUACUUCGGGUGAGUUCAAUGCCAGACUAAACCUUGUAAAAUCUUUCUACGAUCACGUUCAUCUAAUCGGGUUUAAGAAUACAAAGGUAGAAAGUUUGCUCCACAACACAUUAAAAUUUUAUUAUCAGUUCAAACCACUUAUCGAUGAACGUAUUGCGAGUGGUAAAAAGAGCCUUGAAAAGGAAAUUGAUGAUAUAAUCCUUUUGGCAAGUUGGAAAGACGUCAACGUUGAUGCUUUAAAACAGAGUUCUCGUAAAUCUCAUAACAACCUUUACAAAAUUGUUAGAAAAUAUCGCGAUUUGUUAAAUGGUGAUGUGAAAAGUAUUAUUGAAGCUGGCCUUCUAUAUUCCAAGGAAAAUAAGGUAAAACAUAGUGCUUUGAGACACCAUUUUUAUGAAGAUCCCAACUUAGAGGUUUCAAAGAAUUUAGUCAAAAAUAUUACUAGUUGGAGUAGUAGGCCUGCACCAUUAAGAAAUAUCGAUACAGUGAUAAUUAACAUGGAUUCAUACUUAGAAAGGAUAUCUUCGCAGGAAUUUCCAAACUUCACGGAUUUGGCUUUUGAAUUUUAUGAUGAAGCUGAAAGAUUGCGCAAGGAAACACCAGGUGUAUAUACUAAGAACAACAAGAAGAUAUUGGCAUACUUAAAAACUCAAAAGAGUAAAGUUUUAGGUGAUGCGUUGAAAGAACUAAGAAGAAUCGGUUUGAAGGCCAAUUUCAGGGAAGAUAUCCAAAAAGUCCAGUCUUCUACAACAACCAUUUUGGCGAACAUCUCCGCCUUCAAUGAUGGCUAUUUAAAUUCGGCGGAUACAUUCUUCUUCAAAAUUCUUGACCUCUUACCCAAGCUGAGAAGCGCUGUGUCAAAUCCAAGUGACGGCAUUCCCGUAACUGCCAUAGAAAGAGGUAUGGCACUCGCCCAAAGUUUGAUAUUUUCCUUAAUUACAGUUCGUCAUCCUCUUUCCGAGUUCACGAAUGAUUAUUCUAGGAUGAAUGAUAUGAUAUUAGACCUAGAAUGUUUCUCCCACUCCAAGGGCGCCAUUGUCCAUUCAUCGUCAAAAGCAAAUAUAAAUAAUGUCAAAGUAUUUGAAAAAUGGCUACCUUCUUUACUAGAAUAUGCUGAACACACCCUGUCUGUCGUUUCAAAAUAUCGCACGAUUGAGGCACAGAAUGUUUUACAAGAUGCAAAAUCCAGUUUGUCUUUAUUCUUCCUCCACUUCAACUCUAGCCGAAUUUUUGAUUCCUCGUUUAUUGAGUCAUAUAUCGCAUUCGAGUCCUUCAUUGAUGAGUUGUUGAAAAAGCUUGGAAGGGCAAAAACGGCAGAGAACGCUUUCGUCUUUGAUAUCAUUAUUGAAUGGAUCAAGAAGAACAAAUCAGGGCCUAUCAAAAACGAACAAAAUGAAGGCCCUUCAGUAGAAGAUAUUGAACAGGCCUUCCGCCGUAUUUUCACAUCUAUCAUUCUAUCUUUCCAAAAAUUAAUUGAAGACGGUUUCGAAUCCAUAUCGGAAGCUGAUGAUAGGUGGUUAUCCACUAGUUUUAAGAAAAUAAUGAUAAACGUUAAGCUACUACGGUCCGGUAUUGUUUCUAAGAACACAGAAGCUGCGUUAUCCUUAUUGAAGAACUUCGAUUUUACCACUACCAAAUCAAUUUACGUCAAGUCGAUUAUAUCGUUCACGUUGCCAGUUAUAACCCAUUAUUACAACGCAAUGACCAUUAUACUUGAUAAAUCGAGAACUUACUACACUAACACAAGUCACGGUACCUAUAUCUUAUCGACGCUAUUAAAUAGUUUAGCCAAAAACGGAUUCUGUUCUCCAGAACCACCAUCCGAGGAGGUUGACGACAAGAACUUACAAGAUGGUACGGGUUUGGGAGAUGGCGAAGGUGCUCAAAAUAACAAUAAGGAUAUCGAACAGGAUGAAGAUUUAACGGAGGACGCGCAGAAAGAAAAUAAAGAUCAGCAAGACAAAGAUGAAAGAGAGGACGAGAAUGAAGAUGAUGCCGUUGAAAUGGAAGGUGAUAUGGCUGGAGAAUUGGAAGACUUGUCUAAUGGUGAAGGCAGUGAAAACGAAGACGAAAGUAACGAUAGUGAAGAGGAAGAAUUGGAUGAAGAAGUCGAUGACCUGAAUGAAGAUGAUCCUAAUGCGAUUGAUGAUAAAAUGUGGGACGAAAAGGCAAGUGAAAAUUCAAAAGAGAAAGAUACUAAAGAGAACUUAGAUGGAAAAACCGAAGAAGAAGACGUACAGGCCGCUGAAAAUGACGAGCAGCAGCAAGAUAAUAAGGAGGAGGCGGAGGAAAAUUCAAACGCUCCUGAAGACGGUGACGAAGAUGUUGAAAACGACGAAGACGCUGAAGAGGAAAAUGACGUCGGUGAGCAAGAGGAUGAAGUUAAAGAUGAACAGGGUGAGGAUUUGGAAGAAAAUGUUCCCGAAAUUGAAACUCUUGAUCUUCCGGAAGAUAUGAACUUGGAUUCGGAGGGAGAUCAAUCAGAGCAAUCCGACGUUGAUAUGUCUGACGAAAUGCUUGAUGAUCCAGACAAACAGAAGGCUGACGAUGAAGAGGAAGAAAUAAGACAGGAUGCCGAUGACGAAGAUAGCAAGCCAGACUCAGAGGUAGAUGCUAAUGAAGAAGAACUGGCUUCUAGCGAAGAGGAAGAAGCCGGAGGAGAUAUAGAUAUGGCAAAUGAUGAGGGAAAGGAAGAUGAAGAAACUGUAUCAGAGGAGGAAGUCAUUUCAGAUGAAGAGGAUUUAAAACAAGAUGAUAAUAAAGAAGAAAUAAAAGAGAAAGGAGGCGAGGAAAAUGCGGAGGGGCUUGAUGGUGUCGAGGAAAUGGCUAACAUUGAAGACAUCGAUCAAGAAGCUGCUGUCCAACAAGACUCUGGAUCUAAAGGAAGUGGUGCUGAUGCUACAGAUACUAAAGAACAAGAUGACGUCGGAGGUUCAGGAACCACUCAAAACACCUAUGAAGAACAUCAAGAAGAUUCAACAGAGAAAAACGAAGAAUCACGCCAAGAAGCCAAGGUUGCUAUAAAGGAGUUAGGUGAUAGUCUGAAAGAAUAUCAUAGGCGCCGUCAAGAUAUUAAAGAGGCACAAUCAAAUGGUGAAGAAGAUGAGAGUGUUGAGAAAAAGAACGAAAUUCCAGAUGAAUUUGAACACGUUGAGGGCGCGAAUACUGAAACAGACACUCAAGCUUUAGGUUCCGCAACCCAAGAUCAAUUACAGACUAUUGAUGAAGACAUGGCCAUUGAUGAUAAUAAUGUAGAGGAGGAAGUGAACGAGGAAGAUUUAGUAGAGAACGUCGACGAUGAGAAGAUGGAUAUCGAUGACGAAGAUAUGGCGUCUGAGGAUGAGGAUCAUGAGGCGAACAAAGACACUGAAAGUAAAAAGUCAGGUUUCAUUGGCGAGAGAAAGGAGGAACAUAAUGUUGAAAAUGGGUUCCCUAAUGAAUAUUUCUUGGAGGAACAAGCGAGCGAUGAUGAAUUGGAAGCUCUGAUUGAAAAUAUUGACGAUGAUGUGCACGAUGAAAACGCUAGUUUAAGGCCAGAAAGGUCAUUAGAGGAAUCCCGCAAAUUAUGGCAUAAGAGUGAACUCUCCACCGCUGAUUUAGUAUCACGUCUUGGCGAACAGUUAAGAUUAAUUUUGGAGCCCACUCUGGCCACGAAGUUGAAAGGUGAUUACAAAACAGGUAAAAGGUUGAAUAUGAAGCGAAUCAUUCCGUAUAUCGCUUCCCAAUUCCGUAAAGACAAAAUCUGGUUGAGAAGAACGAAACCAAGUAAAAGACAAUACCAAAUCAUGAUCGCGCUUGAUGAUUCCAAGUCCAUGAGCGAAUCCAAAUGUGUUAAACUUGCUUUUGAUAGUUUAUGCUUGGUCUCCAAGACAUUGACCCAACUGGAGGCUGGAGGAUUAUCCAUUGUAAAAUUCGGUGAAAAUGCCAAAGAAGUCCACUCAUUUGACCAACAGUUCAGUAAUGAAUCAGGGGCAAGAGCCUUUCAAUGGUUUGGCUUCCAAGAAACUAAAACAGACGUUAAAAAGCUUGUUGCCGAGUCUAUUAAAAUUUUUGAACGUGCUCGUGCUAUGGCUCAUAACGAUCAAUGGCAGCUGGAAAUUGUUAUUUCAGAUGGUAUUUGUGAAGACCACGAAACAAUACAGAGAUUAGUUCGUCGUGCAAGGGAAAAUAAAAUUAUGUUGGUUUUUGUUAUCAUAGACGGUAUUACCUCCAAUGAAUCUAUUCUAGACAUGAGCCAAGUGAACUACAUUCCAGAUGAAUUUGGUAACCCACAGUUGAAGAUUACGAAAUACUUGGAUACUUUCCCUUUUGAAUUUUAUGUUGUUGUACAUGAUAUCAGCGAACUACCUGAAAUGCUUUCAUCGAUUCUACGUCAAUACUUUACUGACCUAGCGUCCAGCUAA